AUGUCCUCGGUUAGUGAAGCUGUUAGCGUUGAAAAACCUAAUGUGAGCCCUCAAGUUUCAAAAGAUAAACAAACAAAAAAAGCUUCUAAAGAAGGGGCUGUUAGUGUAUUCCCCUUAGAGUUAUCUCCUCCACCCGAAUAUUUGCAACAUCGUAUCAAAUUAUUUGAAGAAUGGAAAGCGGCUUAUGAUGAAGAAAUCAAAAAGAAGCCACGCGUUCCAAUUACUGUAACUUUUCCGGACGGAAAUACGAAAGAAGCUAUUGCUUGGGAAACUACCCCUAUGGACCUUGCUAAACAGAUAUCUAAAUCAUUAUCUGAACGCAUCGUGAUCGCCAAGGUUAAUGGUCAAUUAUUUGAUUUGAUCCGACCACUUGAAAAAGAUUGUACUUUGGAAUUAUUAGAUUUUGAGAACGAUGAAGGCCAUUGUCUAAUGUUUAAGCAUAGAGAUAGAUCAUAUCGUGAAUUACCCAUUCGCUUGGCUGAUUUUGGUGUUUUACAUCGCAAUGAAUUAAGUGGUGCUUUGGCUGGGUUGACACGUGUAAGGCGAUUUCAGCAAGAUGAUGCUCAUAUCUUUUGUCGACAUGAUCAGGUAGAAGAAGAAAUCAAUGCUGCACUGGAAUUCUUAAAACAUGUUUAUGGCAUUUUCGGUUUCACUUUCCAACUUAAAUUGUCUACUAGACCUGAAAAGUACUUGGGUACUAUCGAAGUUUGGAAUCAAGCUGAAAAGGCUCUUAAUAAAUUUGGCGAACCGUGGGAAUUUAAUCCUGGUGAUGGUGCUUUUUAUGGUCCAAAAAUUGAUAUUACUGUAUCGGAUGCUAUCAAAAGAAAGCAUCAAUGUGCGACAUUACAACUUGAUUUCCAACUUCCUGAACGGUUUCAACUUGAAUAUCAUACCAACGUGGUUGGUGACUCUGAAGGAUCAUCAUAUGCUCGUCCAGUUAUGAUCCAUCGUGCUAUAUUGGGCUCAGUAGAACGUAUGAUUGCCAUUUUGGCUGAACAUUUUGCUGGGAAAUGCGAUUACGUUAAAGUAGUUUCUAAGGCUUGUUUUGACGCUGGUUUAUAUGUUGAAUACGAUUUGGGUGAAAAUACUUUAAAUAAAAAGAUUCGAAAUGCUGAAAUUGCUCAAUUUAACUUUAUUUUCGUUGUUGGUGGUGAAGAAGAAUCUACCAAAUCAGUUAAUAUUCGUAAUAGAGAUGAUGUAGGUACCAAGGCAAAAGGUCAAACCAUUCCUCUGGAAGAAGCUGUAGAAAAACUUGACGAUCCGUUUGAAGAACAUGCCAAACAUUCUCCAGAUUGUGCUUGGGCAAUUUGUUACUGCUCAAUAAAAACUUUUAAUGAUGAACAGCUACCUUUUAGUUGGGACGAUAAAGAUAAAUUACCAAAUUCUAAAAAGAUGGAAGAAGCUAGAAUAAAAACUUUUGGUACCUGGUGGCCUCAUGAAGGAAAAAAAGGUUGGGUUGGUACAAUUAAAAAGGUUGUAAAAAUUAAAGAGGAAGAAAUAGAAUUAUCAGAUAUGAUAAAUCAACUUAAAUUGAAUGAACCUUCUCCUGAUAAUUCUAAAAACAACGAUGCGGAUCAAGAGUGUGCAAUGAAUUUAACAGACAAUCAAAAUAAUAUAUCGGAUCAUAUGUGCGAUAAUCAAAUAGAAACCGCAGAAGUCGUAACGAAUAAAGAAUACAAUGAGGAAAUAGCAAAUCCUUGUACUGGUACUCCACCGCCUUCUUUCCGUCCAGCGAUUACGGAUGAAAUAAAUAGUGUAACAGAUAAAACCUACAGUAAUGAUCAAAAUAUAUUGUCCGUUGAAGAAAUCGUAGAAAUCGAAUCGGAUAAAGAAUAUAAUGAAGAGAUAGUAAUUCCUCCUGUUACUCCAUUGCCCUCUUUCCGUCCAGCGAUUACGGAUGAAAUAAAUAGUAUAACAGAUAAUAUAUGCAGUAAUGAUCAAGUACAUAUCACAGAUCAAUUCGAAAAAACGGAGAAACCAAAUAGCUUAACUAAUGAUAGUAAUCAAAUGGAAAUUACAGAACGAUUCGGAAAAACGGAGUUAAAUAGCUUAACUAAUAACGCGUAUGAUAACAAUCAAAUGGAAAUUACGGAACGAUCCGGAAAAACGGAGGAGCUAAAUAGCUUAACUAAUAACGCGUAUGAUAAUCAAUCGGAAAUUACAAAUGUUCGGGAGGACACUGAAUGCAAUAAAGAGACAGAUGUUCCGUUUAUGACUAUGCUUAACUCAGCUCCAAUAGAGCCGGCGAUUAACAAAAGUACUGAGGAUAUCCCAUCUGAAUUUUUGACGGUAAAUGAACAAUCUGCGAAGACAUUAACUAUUGAGGAAGUUGAAGCAGAUAAAAAAUACUAUGAGGAUAAAGAAUACAAUGAAGAGCGAUUCGAAAAAACGGAGUUAAAUAGCUUAACUGAUAACGCGUAUGAUAAUAAUCGAAUGGAAAUUACAAACUUUCGAGAGGAUAUGGAAUGCAAUAAAGAGACUAAUAUUCCGUUUACAAGUACGCCUAACUCGUUAGCUCCAAUAGAGCUGAUGAAUAACGAAAAUAUUGAUGAUACCACAUCUGAAUAUCUGACAGCAAAUGAACAAACAGCAAAGAUAUUAACUGUUGAGAAAGUCGAAGUGGAUAAAGAAUACAAUAGGGAGAUAGCAAUACCUUAUACUGGUACUCCACCGUCCUCUUCUCGUCCAACAAUUACGGAUAAAACAAAUCAACGAUUCGAAAAAACAUUGUCCGUUGAUGAUUGUCUUAGAAACUUAACGGAGGAACUAAAUAGCCUAACUAAUAACACGUAUGACAACAAUCAAAUGGAAAUUACAAGCAUUCGAGAGGAUAAGGAACGCAAUAAAGAGACAGAUAACCCAUUUAUAAGUACGUAUAAUUCGUUAGCUCCAUUAGAGCCAAUGAAUAGCGAAACUACUGAGGAUAUCACAUCUGAAUCUUUGGCAUCAA